UCCGACACGAAAAUUAAUCGUAGUGUUCGUAGUGGUUGGCCGGUAAAAAUAGAGACUUUAUCGGUUCAUGGUCAACUAAGAUCUCCCUACCUAUUUGGUCUCAUUUGCCUGGUUUUCAUUGUUAGCUUCCGUCAAUUAAAGUGGACUGUUUUGACAGCGUGCGGCCGGGACGAGAACUAAUUGGCAAAACUUUGUUGCAAACCUGAGAUAGUUGCUGAAAAGCGUCUAAAAAAACCGUGCUAGCGAAACCGAAACCGCAGCGAAAAACAGACCUCUUCAUGGCUGGUUGCUUUCGGUUAGGAAGACAUGCUUGACGUGCGGACCGGUGACUUUCGUCCUUAUCGAAGUUCGGUUUCUGCUUAGUAGUAGUAGCAGCAGGUGUAUGAAAAUAGAGCUGCCUUUUUUCGGUAUCCGGCCACUUUAACCUGUCGACAUCGGAUCCUGUCAAUUGUGAAGUGUGAAAACAUCAAGGUAAAAAAAAACCAAGGCAUGAGGAUUCUAAUACAGUACUGAUACUGAUACAGUACGAAUCCUUAAGCUCCGUUACUAUCAAGAAUCGAUCCUUAACAAGUUAAGGGGGACAGUAGGAUAAAUAGACAAUUCCCCAGCUGCAUUGUUUGUGAACCAUGAAAUCCACUGGUAUGCAUCGAUCUUCGGUAAAAGGUGAUGACGAUCCUACCACGAACCAAGCGAGUGUGAAAAGUCACAGCUGGGGUGGUUCCUCUAUCAACAAAUCAAAAGGUGAUCAUUUAACAAUGGCCGGAUUCCAUCAACGGGCAGUGUCGCUUCGUAAGACCCGCACCCAACGGCUUCUGCGUCAUCGGUAUCAGGAGCAUCUGGAUCAACCGUCUCUACACACUGUUGCAAAAGCUAAACUGAUGUCACGAUUUACGCGCAUUCAAGUGUUAAGCAUUAUCAAAUUAGCGACCAUGGACAAGCUGCGCGACACCGGUGCAGGCGGACCGAACGACCCGUCCGCCCAGCAACGGUUAUCGACGGAAGGUGGUGGUGCGAGUGGCGGCGGAACGGCGGGCGGCGACGGAAGCUCCGAUGAGUUUCACCAUCAGUUCUAUAACACCGGCCGGAUAGGACGCCGGAAUGCACUGCCAGACAUACUGGGGACGCAUUGUACCACGACAACGGCCGACCUGUCGACGCAACUGGGUGCACUCUCUACCUCGGACUGUACGGGCAAAGCAGCCGACGCUAGCAGUAGCAGCAUAGCAGGCGGAAAUAAUGGCCAACACCCACCGACGACAACCGCCACGUAAAGCCGCCCAGAAUCUCCGGUUCGGCGUCGUUAAGUGAACUGCGGUAGAAGGUGUCCGCCCGGUAUCAGUG